GUGGAGGCCAGUGGAGGGAUUGGCAGAGAGGGGUGGAGGACACUGAGUGGAGGCAUUGGCAGAGAGGGGUGGAGGACACUGAGUGGAGGCCAGUGGAGGGAUUGGCAGAGAGGGGUGGAGGACACUGAGUGGAGGCCAGUGGAGGGAUUGGCAGAGAGAGGUGGAAGAUUCGGAACGGUUUGUAAGGUGGAGUCAUUAGUACAGUGACAGUGUAUAGUAUCUGCACUGA